AUGCGUGUCUCUGAGCUUCUUACAUUUACGCUCGCAUCUGCGGCGUUUGCUUCGCCUGUCGAGGAACGUGACGCAAAGGUCAUUCCCUCCCAGCGGCCAAACUACCCAAUCGCACCCUACCAUCCAGGAAAGGCAUUCCCUGCUUCACCUGCGCGUACAAGAACAUGUAUUGUCGAGGCCAAUGGCAACGGCAAAGAUGACUCUAGCAACAUCUUAAGCGCCAUCAAGAGCUGUAAUAACGGCGGUCAUGUUGUUUUCCCUAAGGACAAGAGCUACACCAUCGGCACUGCGCUCGACCUGACCUUCCUCCAACACAUCGAUCUCGAUAUCCAGGGAACCAUCAAAUUCACCAACGACACCGACUACUGGCAGAAAAACGGCUUUUUCCAGACCUUCCAGAACGCCACCACCUUCUUCCAGCUUGGUGGUGUGGAUGUGAACGUCUACGGUGGCGGUACACUCGAUGGCAACGGCCAGGUCUGGUACGAUUUGUAUGCCAAGGAUAUUUACAUCCUCCGUCCCGUCCUCUUCGGUGCCAUUGGCCUGAAGGGUGCCACUAUCGAGGACCUGAAGUUCCGCUACAGCCCGCAGUGGUACACUCUCGUCGCCAAUUCCACAGACGUCGUCUUCUCCAACAUCGACAUCUCCGGCGCCAGCACAAGCAAGAACCCCGCCAAGAACACUGACGGUUGGGAUACCUACCGCAGUUCUAACAUUGUAAUUCAAAAUUCGAACAUUAACAAUGGCGACGACUGUGUUUCCUUCAAGCCCAACUCGACCGACAUCGUUGUGCAGAACCUUGUCUGCAACGGCUCCCACGGAAUUUCUGUUGGUUCGCUCGGCCAGUACGCUGGCGAGGUGGACAUUGUCAAGAACAUUUACGUCGCCAACGUCAGCAUGUCCAACGCGUCAGACGGCGCGCGUAUCAAGGUCUGGCCCGGCGCAGCCAGUGCUCUGUCCGGCGAUCUCCAGGGCGGAGGCGGCUCAGGCCAGGUCAGCAACAUCACCUUCGACGGCAUGACAGUCUCAAACGUCGACUACGCGAUUGAAGUCACGCAAUGUUACGGCCAGAAGAACAUCACACUAUGCAAUGAGUUCCCGUCCAAACUCACCAUCGAGGACGUCACGAUCAAGAACUUCAAAGGCACAACUAGCAAGAAGUACGACCCGCUCAUCGGCUACCUCCAGUGCUCGAGCCCGACGGUGUGCAAGAACAUCAACAUCAGCAACAUUAACGUCAAGUCGCCGUCUGGUACUAAUCUCUACAGCUGUGGAAGCAUCUCGGGGAUUGAGAAGCAGGUGAACUGCAAGACCAGCGGUACCAAGGGUGGUGACUCGUAG